CUGGAGCGGUCCCUCUCGCCCCCCCCCCCCCGCCUUCCCUCCGCAGACGGAUGCAAUCGGCGCCGUGGGGGGGUAUAAAAAGCCAGUGGGUCCAGCGGUUGGGUGGCAGAUGCUCUCCGGGAGAAGGGGACGGAGGACGCACGGCAGCCGUCGGGCUCCCACCCCACCCGCAGUUCCUGCACGGUUCCCAGACCCAAAGCCCCUCGCGCCCCCCCGGGAGCCCAGCGGCGAUGCCGAGCGCGCUGUGGGGCAGCCUGCCCGUGCUGCUGGGGCUGCUGCUCUGGCACCCCACUGGUGCCACUGGUCCGUGCUGGGAGAGCAGCAGGUGCCAGGACCUCACCAGUGACAGCGGCGUUCUGGCGUGCGUGGCAGCGUGCCGAGCCGACCUGUCGGCCGAGGCUCCUGUCUACCCGGGCAACGGGCACCUCCAGCCCCUCUCCGAGAGCAUCCGCAAGUACGUCAUGAGCCAUUUUCGCUGGAACAAGUUCGGCCGGAGGAACAGCAGCAGCGGCGGGGGCCACAAACGGGAUGAGGCGGUGGCGGGGAACCCAGCCCCGGCAUUGCUCCCCGCCACCCCACCGCCCCGCCGCGAGGAGGAGGAGGAGGGAACAGGGCUGGAGCGGGAGGAAGGCAAACGCUCGUACUCCAUGGAGCACUUUCGCUGGGGCAAGCCGGUGGGACGCAAGAGGAGACCCAUCAAGGUCUAUCCCAAUGGGGUGGAGGAGGAGUCGGCUGAGAGCUACCCCAUGGAGUUCCGGAGGGAGCUGGUGCUCGGCGGCACCGGGGCACUGCCCGGCGAGGAGGAGGAGGAGGAGGAGGAGGAAAGCCAGGAGGAAGAGGAGGAGAAGAAGGCCGGCGGGUCCUACCGCAUGCGCCAUUUCCGUUGGCACGCACCCUUGAAGGACAAGCGCUACGGGGGCUUCAUGACCUCGGAGCACGGCCAGACCCCGCUAGUGACUCUCUUCAAAAACGCCAUCGUCAAAAGCGCCUACAAGAAGGGGCAGUGAUGGGGGGGAGAGCCCAAGAGGCGUCCUGCCCUCCCCCUUCGCUUUAGCGUCCCGCUGGCAUGUGUUUCACUUAGACAUCACUCCUUAUGUCCUUCUUAAUUGUUACUCCAAGGGGGGGUGCUCCCGGGUGUCACCGGGUGGGAACAGGAUUGGGAUAAAGACGUGGCUGGACACGCACGGGGAUGGGGGGGAUGAUGCCCAGCUGGGAGCACGCUGGAUGAUUUUCAUAUAUUUUCACUGAGCUGUACAAUACUGUAAAUGAUGGGUUAAAAGAAUUCUAAAACAAUUCUAAAAAAAUUAAAAAACAAUAAUAAAGUUUUUUGCAAGCUAA